GUCCAGUCUUGCUUGGUAUUUAGUCUUUGUUUAACGAAAAUCUGUUGGGUUAUGUUAGAGAAUAGAUGCCUGCAUUUAACAACAAAUAAUUAAUGACAUUAACGUCGUGUAGCAUUUAUAAAAAAACUCGAGAAAAGGUUCAGUAUACGAUAUUAGUUGCUCAUUAUGUAAAGGCAAUGGGUAAAAAAUGAAUACUUUAAAUAAUUCUGUUAUAAUUUGCGAUACACCUCAAAAAUUACCUAAGAAGAAAGUUUCAUUGGGAACAAGAAGGGAACAGAAGGGUGUGAAAAAGACUUUUUAUGAAAGUCCUUUGAAACAUAUUCAAUUAAGUAGCAAACGAUGGAAACAAAUACAGGCACAACGAAAAUUAAUGAAAGAUGCUAAACAAAUUAUCAAUAAUAAAAAGAAUUCUUCCUUGUUAAUAAAAGAAGCAUCUUUCCAAGAUAGCAUAAUUAUUUUAAGUGAUAAUGAAAGUGAAUCAAGCAAUCAAAAGGAUCAAAGUAACUGUACAAAGAAAAGAAAGAGAACAAAAACUCAGGAAAUAUUGAUACAAGAUGAUCAAAAUUCUCAAUGUUCACAUGAUUCAAAUAAGUCUAUGUGUCAAAGUGAAACUGAAAUAGAAAAAUGUCCGAAAAGAAGAAAAAAAAAUUCUGUAUCAUCUGAUCCUAAUGCAACUUGUCUUUUGUUAUCAGAUACAGAAGAUUCUGAAAUUGUAUCUGUUGAUUUAGAUAAUGAGAAUAUAGCACCAGCUUCAGGUUCUUUGAAUCAGAGUUCAGAUGAUAUUGUUGUAGUAUGGUCAUCUAAAAAAUCAUCUCCAUUGUCUACAAAUUAUUCAGGUGGUGAAAAACCUUUGACUGAAGAAGAAAAUAAAAUUUUUAUGGUAGAUUGUUGUCCAAAUCCGGAAAACCUUAGUUUGUUAGAGUGCAAUCAAGAAUCAACAUCUAACGAAUGCGAAGAAAAUACUGAAGUAAAAACAGAUAAAGGUACUGAAAAUAAUGAAGACACAAGCGAUGAAGAACAGGAUCCUAAAUAUCUACCAUUCAGUAAAAAGGGACUAAGAUUGCCUAAAGCUCAUAAUAUAAGUAAAAAUCUUAAAAUAAAGAGACCAAAAAGAAAAAGUGCAUUUCUACAAUAUAGAAGAAUGAUGUCAAGAUUCUCUAAUAAAAGAAUGCCAGUUACAUGCACGCAAACAGCGACUAAGUUAGUCGGUGAUGAACCCUUUCAAAUUAUAACUGGUGUUAAAGUAACCAAAUUUCAACCUCCUAGAUUUGAACCACCUAGAUUUGAACUACCUAACUUUGAACCACCUAGAGUUGAACCACCUAGAAUUGAACCACCUAGAGUUGAACCAUCUACAGAUGAACCAUUUGGACUUAACCCAUCUAGAGACGAACCAGCUAGCUCGAAUUCAUCUGAAAAAUUAAGAGACGAAUCAGCUAGCUCGAAUUCAUCUAAAAAAUUAAGGGAGAUAAUUAUUGAUGGCAACAAUGUAGCUAUGGCGUACAAAAAUAAUAGAAUGUUUUGUGAAGAAGGAAUAAUGUUAGUUAUGGAUUAUUUUCAACGUCGAGGUCAUGAUGUAAAGGUAUUUAUACCCCAAUAUAGAAGGUCACGGUCCAAUCUAUCACUAGAAAAAUUAUAUAAAGAAGGGGUAGUAAUUUUCACACCAAGUCGUAAAAUCGGUGGCAGAUCGAUCGUUCCUUACGACGAUAGGUUUAUAUUAGAAUAUGCCACAGUAAGCGGAGGUAUUGUUAUUUCUUCGGAUCAAUAUAGAGAUUUAUAUCGAGAAAAACCGGAAUGGCGCGAUACAAUCGAAAAUAGAUUGUUGGCACCAACAUUUGUUGGAAAUUAUGUUAUGUUUCCUGAAGAUCCAUUAGGCCGAAAUGGCCCUAAUCUCGAUGAAUUUUUAAGACAUUAAAGGUACUAAAGAUAGUAAACCUAAUGUA